AUGAAGAAGAGCGGUGGUAGAGGAAGUGCAGAACUACAGAUUUUCUUUGAUGAUGAAUGGGUUGAGUCUGUUGAUGUUGAUGGGAGUGAUAUGCUUCUUGAGAUGUUCCUUCCACUUAAACAAUCUUAUUUGAAGGCAUUCAAAUUGAUGGAGGAGGAGCUCAAGCUACUUUCAGUGCACCUUUACAUCGAUGGUGCGCUCCCGGGUCAGCAGACGGUGGACUACCCUAGCUUCAAGCUCGUCCUCAUCGGCGACGGCGGCACUGGCAAGACCACCUUCGUGAAGAGGCAUCUUACAGGCGAGUUCGAGAAGAAGUAUGAGCCUACUAUCGGUGUUGAGGUCCAUCCCCUGGAUUUCUACACCAACUGUGGCAAGAUCCGCUUCUACUGCUGGGACACUGCAGGGCAAGAGAAGUUUGGUGGGCUCAGGGAUGGCUACUACAUCCAUGGCCAAUGUGCUAUCAUUAUGUUUGAUGUUACUUCACGGCUGACUUACAAGAAUGUUCCAACUUGGCACCGUGAUUUAUGCAGGGUCUGUGAAAACAUCCCAAUUGUGCUUUGUGGGAACAAGGUUGAUGUGAAGAACAGGCAGGUUAAAGCAAAGCAGGUUACAUUCCACAGGAAGAAGAACCUCCAAUACUAUGAGGUUUCAGCUAAAAGCAACUACAACUUUGAGAAACCCUUCUUGUACCUUGCCAGGAAGCUUGCGGGUGAUGGCAAUGUCCAUUUUGUUGAAAGCCCUGCACUCGCUCCUCCACUCGUUGCAAUUGAUCUGGCAUUGCAGCAGCAGCACGAAGCUGAGCUUGCAGCUGCUGCUGCCCAACCAUUGCCAGACGAUGAUGAUGAUCUGAUUGAGUAG